AUGAACAGUGAUCCACGGAACAUCCACCAUAAAUAUUAUCAGUCAGGGGAUGUUAUCAUAGCUGGCAUUAGUUCACAAAGCUUCAUGUUUUCCAAUCCUCUCAACUUUGAAAGGCAUCCCUCUUUUGAAGUCAUUGAUGAUCUCCUAUAUUUGACCCAGACCUACCAGCACAUCUUGGCUCUUGUCUUUGCUGUGAAGGAGAUCAAUGAUGAUACUCAGAUGCUACGCAACAUCUCUCUGGGUUUCAACAUUUAUAAUGACUACUUCACUGGAAGCUUAACUUAUCUUGCUUCACUGGAGCUCCUCUCCACAUGGAGCAAGUUCAUUCCAAACUAUAAAUGUGAUGCUCAAAGUACUACUGUAGCUGUGAUUGGGGGGCCUGACUCCAAAGCAUGUCUUUUCAUGGCAACCAUUCUGAGCAUCUACAAGUUACCUCAGUUUGGAUAUGGAUCUUCUCCUUUGAUUAAUGACCCAUCCCAAAAAGCCUUCUUCCAAUGGAUGGUCCCUAAUAGAAACCAACAAUAUACAGGGAUGCUUCAACUGCUUUUGCUUUUCAGAUGGACUUGGAUUGGUGUCAUUUUCAUACCGGAUGACAAUGGCUUCUGGUUUGCACAGAAAGAACUUCCUAAGUUUUCUCAAAGUGGUAUCUGUUUUGAGUUUAUAGAACCAUUUGCUAAUGUGUAUUUCAAAAGUGGCAUUCAUGAAAUGAUGGAAUCAUGGACCAAAUUGUAUAUCUUCAUAAGCGAUAGCUCUAGCAGUGUUGUAAUUUUACAUGGUGAAAUUCACACUAUAAUCUUUUUGAGAAUGUUUCCCAGAGUUUUGGAACUUGAAGACAAAGAAAUGAAGACAGGGAAAGUCUGGAUGAUGACCGCACAGAUAGAAUUCACUUCUGUUCCCUUUCAACGAUCUUGGGAUAUAAAUAUCCUUCAUGGUUCUUUAGCCUUUGAAACUGAGUCAAAGGAGGUGGUAGGUUUUCAACAUUUUCUUCAGAUGAGAAACCCUAAUGUGGAAACCAGAGAUGGUUUUAUUAAGGACUUUUGGAGACAGGCAUUUGAUUGUUCCUUCCCAACUUCUUUGGAAGAGGAAAACGUUUUGAAUCUCUGCAGUGGGGAGGAGAAGCUGGAGACUCUUCCUAGGUCUGUCUUUGACAUGAGCAUAACUCCUCAUAGCUAUAGCAUCUACAAUGCAAUUUAUGCUGUGGCCCAUGCAUUGAAAUCCAUGAGCUCAUCAAUGCUCAAACAUAGAACUAUAUCAGAGGAAGGACAGAAGAAUGUUCUGAAUUCACUACUUUGGCAG